AGGUCCUUGCUCGUGAUCUGACGUUCGGAGGAAACAGCUGAUUAGUUGACGAGGCAACUUGAAAACAACAGUGUUAUCCAGAUAGCAGCUUUCAGUCACGUUUAUGCAUGAAGAGGUCUCUUUUUUAUUUUUACAUCAAAAGCAUUAAGUUUGUGAUUACUGCUGUGAGGGGCGCGUAACAGAACGGUAAACUUUGAACUCCGUCGGAUCAGGUGAUGAUGAACUUCAGCACAAAUACCCACGGUGACAGUCGCACCAGCAAAGAAAAUCUUCCACCUUCAGUCAGACCGGAUGCACUUCAGGGCCAGCGGCCCAAGCAGCGGACCGUGCUUGGUGUGCUGUCACAAAAUGAGCAGCAUGGCCGAUCACACAGCCAGGGAAGCCAGUUUUCCAAACACAGUUCAAUCUCAGACAGCUCCCAGCUCACCUUCUUCGGCUGUCCCUCCAGCUCCAGCUUUGAUGUGUACGUAGAAGAGGCCUGUGAGGUUGUUCUUGCAGCUUCUGGUCAAGAAGUUGUCUCAGAGCGCUGCUAUGAAGAUGCAGAAAGUGAGGCCAUGCAGAAUGAAGAUGUGAGACUACUGCUGGAGCUGAGUUCAAGUUCUUGUCGGGAUGUUUCCCUGCAGUCUGAGCCUGACAGAUCCAUGAUGUCAGAGGAGGUGCUGUGUAUUUCCCAGUAUACACAAGACAUUUUCCUGCACCUGCGGGAGAUCGAAGUGAGGUUAAGGCCACAGCCUGGCUACUUAGACAAACAUCCAGAGAUCACCAACGGCAUGCGGGUCAUCCUGGUAGACUGGCUGGUUGAAGUUGUGCAGGAGUUUGAGCUUGCUUGUGAGACUCUGCACCUCGCUGUCACCUAUUUGGAUCGCUUCCUCUCCCGCACAGCGUGCGUGAAACGGGGCAAGCUGCAGCUGGUUGGCACGGCUGCAUUGAUGAUCGCCGCAAAGUAUGAGGAGAUCUCCCCUCCGGAGCUGAGUGAGUUUGUGUACACCACUGACAGCACCUACACUCAGAGGCAGUUGGUCAGGAUGGAGCAUGUUUUCCUCCAAGUGCUGACUUUCAGGAUGGCUGCUCCGACUAUAAACCAGUUCCUUCGCCUUUUCAUGUCCAUCCAGCCCGUGUGUGCAACCACAGAGAACCUAGCCCUGUAUGUAGCAGAGUUAAGCCUGCUGGAAUUGGAUCCAUUCCUACAUUAUAACCAAUCAAUAGUGGCAGCAGCAGCAUAUUGCUUAGCUGUCUACACUAUUAACAGAUCACUGUGGCCUGAUUCCUUAUAUUCCUUCACUGGUUAUCCCAUGGCUGAAAUUGUUCCUUGCCUGACUGAACUCCACAAGCUGCACGUCUGUGCAGAGAGUUGUCCACAACAAGCAAUCAGGGAAAAGUACAAGAGUUCAAAGUAUUGUCGUGUUUCAUUUCUAACUCCACCGGCUGUCAUAUCUGUCCCUUGAAUCACCGCCCCGCCCAUCUUCUGACUCUCCUGCGAGAACAUAAUUAAUAUGAGACAAAAUAAACACAGCUGAUUAAACUGCCAA